CUUAGACAUCAUCAUCCUGCUGACAGAAGUCAUUUUGCUGACCACAGUGAUGAAGGUCAACACAGUCAUCUUUGUUUCACUGUCAUUGUUCCUUUGCUGGACAAAUGUUGACUCCAUGAGGAUCAAUUUGGAUUUCAAACUAAAAUAUGUCAGCAAGUUGGACAUGGCUGAAGAGUCGGUUGAUGACAUGUACUUUGGCUGCAAUUAUCUAAUGCACGAAGAGGUCAUGGGCAGAUACUCGGAGGAGAUGUACAAGGGGCCAUUUAAGGAGGCCUGGAAAGAGGCAGAAGAAUGUGCAAACAUCAAAAUUGAAGAACAAAAUCUCAAAGAAUAUGAGGGUCUAACCAAAGCUCACCUGCAAGCCAUUUGUGCUUACACAGAUGAUAACAUUUAUACAAUGUUCAAUAAUGACUGCCGCAAUGGGAAGAAGUCCUAUGGCUCCUCAUUCCAGUUCCACUCUUUGCAUUUCUUUCUGACAUCUGCUGUGCAGAUUCUGAAUAAACAUUACUUCUGCCACCACACAUUUAGAAGGACUAAUCAUAUAUUCAAUGUUAAAGAAAAUGAGACAGUUAGAUUUGGAUCCUUUGCCUCUACCUCUUACAAUAGAACCCUAUAUGACUUUGGUAUAAAGUCCUGUUUUGAGGUUGAGACGUGUGCAGGUGGGUUUUUAAACAAAUUAUCAGUUGUCGAUGGAGAAGAAGAGGUGCUCAUCCCCCCCUAUGAGAUGUUCAUCAUAAGAGAGAUAAUAGUAGAUAAGAAUAAAAUGAAAGCUCUGGGUGUGGAGUCGUGUGAGGUCCUGUACGUCUUGAAGAGUGCAGGAUAUAAGAGCAAUCUGAACUGCAAACUUAUGCGCCAAUGA